GGAUUCGGGGGUUCAGCUUCCUCGAAAAUUCGUGUCUAUGUAGGCCCGCAGCCGUCGCUACACAGUGGCCAGCUCCUCUCUUCCCCUGCAUGCGUGUGCAUCUCGCUGUUUAUCCAGCUGCGCUGGAAACGACCUCAGUUCACUUGCUGUUCGCUUUUUUCCACUAUUUCAGAUAUGUCACUCAAAUGUGCAUGUUGUACGUGUCUGGGUGUAAGCGUGUAUGUACAUGCAUGCGCGUAUGCGUUUAUGCAUGUGUGUAUAUAAAUGUCUAGGUGACUCUACAUCUGUGUGAGCCCAGACUUGUCCACAGGGACUCACGUGUUUGUACAGCUGACUCGGUCCGGUCUGCAGCUCCUUCGCUUGAUCGACCUCUGUGCCUUCCGUUUUUGCAGCUUUCCAUUUCGCUGAGUGUCUGCAUUUUUGGCGAGAGGGAGGUUGGGGGAUGAUGAAUACAGGAGUCUCAGGGUAUCGUGAACAAGCGCGGCCACCGUCUGCAAGAACUCCGACAAGAUCUCUCUUUCGUGGAAGAAAACGAGUUCACUAAAAUCCCGCGUCUUUCCUCUGCGUCCUCUUCUUCCCUUUGUGGCGGAGGUCCACAGAAUGACAGACGAGGGUCCACACCUCUCUCGUUGCCUGUCGUCUUCUGAAAAAAGAGAGCAAGCAGAAGAGGGAAAGAAGACAUAAGGAAGAGGAAACGAGGAAGAACACAGGAAGCAGAGAGCAGGAAGAGGGCUUGGAGGAGGGAGGAAUAAGAUAUGCACAAGAGGACAGAGGAAGAAGAAGGAGCAGAGUGAACGACAAUGUGAGAGAGUCCUCGCUUCUUUGUCAUCUCCGUUUUCUUCGUUUCUGCGUUUUCCUCGCAUCUCUCUCCUCUGCCUUCCCCAAGAGAGAGCGUGAGCGAGGCGCGCCGUCGCCAUCUGUGCCAAUUUCCUUAUUUGUUCGUCUCAAAAAGAUGAAGAAAAAACGAAGUGAAGUCGCUUCUCCAGCAGUGGAGGAUGGUGACGCCCACGCGUGUCUCACGACAAAGGCAGCAGGACUCUUUCCUGGAGAAAUCGGGACCCCAACCAAACGUCCGACGUUCUCAGACAAAAAUGGUGCAUGCGCAGCUUGGCCCUGGAUCGUCGCUGCUGCCGCCCUCAUCAGGUUGCUCCUCAUACCCGCAUACCGAAGCACGGACUUCGAGGUCCACCGCAACUGGCUUGCGAUCACGGCGAGUCAGCCGCUUUCGACCUGGUACAAGAAGGAGUCUUCUCCCUCUAAAUGGACGCUGGACUAUCCCCCUCUCUUCGCUUUCUUCGAGUUCCUUCUCUCGCUAGCGGCCCGCUUCGUCGAUCCCGCCAUGCUUCAGGUUGAAAACGAAAAUUACGCCAGUCCCGCAUGCGUGUGGUUCCAGCGACUCACUGUCAUCUUGACAGAACUCGUUCUCGUCCUCGGCGUUAUCCGAAUGUGUCAAGUUGCUGAGACACUUCAGCUGCAGAGAGAGAGACGCGCCAGAGGUUCUCGCAGCAGCGAAGAAGCGAGGCGGGGAGAGGACAGCGAAGACGAGAGAAAGUACAGAGAAGGCGACGGCGGCGGCUGGUCAAGUGUCGCUCUUCUUCUUGUGUUGUUCAAUGCCGGACUCCUCAUCGUCGACCACAUCCACUUUCAGUACAACGGAUUUCUUCUGGGCGUCCUUCUGCUCUCCAUCGCGGAUGUCCAGACGGGUCGGUUCUACAGAGGCAGCGUUCUUUUCACGUGUGCCUUGCUUCUCAAACACAUUUUUCUUUACGUUGCUCCCGUCUACGUUGUGUUUCUCCUCAGCUGGCUGCGGCCGCGGGAGCUUGACCCGGGCUCUGAGGAGACGGAGAGUCCUUCAGAAGGGAGAAAAAAGGAGGGAAGACGAGACUGCAGAUCUGUCUCUCGCCGCCCAUUUCACAGGCUCAACCAGCGAGCCGGUCCGGCUGUCACCCGCUCAUCCGGACUCUCUCUCUGGACCAGGCGUGUUCUUCGUCUCGGCUUCCUUCUCGUCGCUUUCGUUCUCGCGGUUCUUGCUCCCUUUAUCGCCACAGGCCAGAUGAAGGCAAUGUCUGGGCGGCUGUUCCCCUUUGGCCGCGGUUUGCUGCAUACGCAGUGGGCCGCGUGUCUCUGGGCGCUCUACGCAGCGACAGAUCGCGUUCUCCUUCUUGCUGGGCGCCUCCUUGGCUGGCGGUUCUCCACGCCCCUUGCCGAAGCAGCCCCAGCGACGGUGACUUCUUUCCACGUCUUGCCGAACAUUUCGCCCCUCACUGCGGGAUUCGUCACGAUUCUCCUGUACACGCCCCUCCUCGUCUCAAUUUGGAAGUUUCCGUCGAGGAAACUUUUCCCCGUGUACGUUGCGCUUGGCGCUUCCGUCUGCUUCGCCACCGGUUGGCAUGUCCACGAAAAGGCAAUUUUGGUAGUCUCUGUUCCUCUCAGCGUUGCGGCAUGGACCCUCCAAGACAGCAUUCUGCUCGUUUCCUCUUUUCUCGUGAACUUCCUGGGCAACCUCGCUAUCCUCCCGCUUCUCCCUCGUCCCCACGAGACGCUGCUGAAACUCACUCUCUUUCUCUUCUGUACGUUGCUCGAGGGGCUCUGUGUCUUUCUCGCGAUCGACGACAAGAAGCGCAAACGGCGCGGCCGGGGCGUCUGCUCUGUCCAGACUUCACCUGCGCCGUCGUUAUCUCCCUCCUGCCCAUACCAACAGGAACCCCAAGACUUUCUCAUGUCUUCCUCUUCUUCUGAGUCUUGUUAUUCUUCUUCACCUUAUUGUUCUCCCUCCUCCCCUCGGUCCUGCGGCUCCUUCCCCGCUUUCCUUGAGUCUCUGGAAGCGCAGUGUGUGGACGCACUGUCUCCGGGGCUCCGUCCGGCUUCUGUGCGAAAGUUUCUCAGAUUUUACUUAUUGUUUCUCGUCCUUUCGCUCUCCGCGGUCUGUCUGCUAUACACGCUUCAAUCUGACUUCGUACCCAAUCUGCUUCUUCUGAAGCUCUACAAAGCCGAAACCUCGCGGGUGGCCGCGCAGGCAGCGGAAACACCAGCGCCGACGGCGGUCUCAGCACUGUCUCCUGCGGAGGACGUGUCUCCGCUCUCUCUUUCGCCUUCCGCCGUCGCUUUGGGCUCCAGUGCUGUCCACGGAAACGCAGCUUUAAGAUCAGUCGAAGAGGUGCCGCUGUCCGGGCCAACGCUCGCGAGUCUUCGGGCUUUGUCGCUGCUUCUCCACUUCCACAGUACAACCAAGGAGGAGGAGCAGAAACAAAGACGAUAUGCAAGGAGCCUCCUGGCUGCAGUCGUGGGUUCGCCCGCAAUUUUUCCUUCUUCAUCUCACGGAGAAGUCAAAAACAACGCGGCGAGAGACGCAAAACAACAAACCGAGCAGGGGAGACAGAACAGCCAAGAAACUGGAGAGGCCGAGGAGUCGAUCGAGGAGCAAUUCUGGAACGCGGAGACCAAGCCGGCUCUCCACUCCAUCCUUCGGCAAUGGCACCUCGAUAUCCCUUUUCCCUAUCGUGUCAUGUUUGCGACUCAUGCACUCGCCGCACGCUUCGAGUUUCUCCCCCUGUUACUUCUUGUCUGUUCUUCCGCCAUCGGCCUCCUCCACCUCUUCGUCGCUCUCCAUGUCUACUUGCUCUCUACUCUGGUGCGUUUUUGAAGCUUCAGGUUCUCGGACAACGCAACCAGUCCCUCAGGAGCUUCCCCUACCCUCUAAGGAUAGUAUACAAACCCUACACGACUCAGAUACGGAGUUGCUUUCUUCUAUACGC